AUGGGAAAUCAUUGUAUAGCAGAAGUAACUAUUGAAGAAGAUGAUGAAGUAUUUGCAAAAUCAAGUAUUUAAGCAAGUAAUUUGAAUCAUUUUUUUUCAUAAAAAUAUAAAGUGGAGGCUGAUGAAGAUUAUCUUUAAAACUUAAUUGAUUAAAUUGAGCCAGGCUUUAGUGUUUAAUUUGAAAUGAUAAAAAGAAAGAAGAGAAUCAGGGGCGGCUCAAAUUUUGAAUCAGUAAUUUAUAAUAAAGAUAACAACUUAAAAAAACUUAAGCCUUCACUCAAAUAAAUAUCUCAUAAUAGCAUUUUUAUGAGAGAACAUAGUAAUAAAACAGUACGAUGGGGGAGUUAAUGUUAUUAAUCUGAUUCUUUCAAAUAAUGA